AUGGCAUCUCCGCUGCCUGUCCAGACCUUGUCCUUGAUCCUGAUUCUGCUGGCUGUCCUGGCCCCCGGGGCUGCAGCCGAUUUCAACAUCUCAAGCCUCUCUGGUCUGCUGUCCCCAGCGCUGACAGAAAGCCUGCUAGUUGCCCUGCCCCCCUGUCACCUCACAGGGGGCAAUGCCACACUGAUGGUCCGGAGAGCCAAUGACAGCAAAGUGGUGAAAUCUAGCUUCGUGGUGCCUCCAUGCCGCGGACGCAGGGAGCUGGUAAGCGUGGUGGACAGCGGGUCUGGCUUCACGGUCACCCGGCUCAGUGCAUACCAGAUGACAAACCUCGUACCAGGAACCAAAUACUACAUUUCCUACCUAGUGACGAAGGGGGCAUCCACUGAGUCCAGUAGAGAGGUCCCAAUGUCCACACUUCCUCGAAGGAAGGCAGAAUCUAUUGGGCUGGGCAUGGCCCGGACGGGGGGCAUGGUGGUCAUCACGGUGCUGCUCUCUGUAGCCAUGUUCCUGCUGGUUCUGGGCUUCAUCAUCGCUCUGGCACUGGGCGCCCAAAAGUGAGGAGGACAGCACCGGGCAGCAGGCUCCUCUAGGAAGUCCAAGGCGCCGUCCAUGUCCCCAGCUCAGGGCUCUGCUUUUGCUCCUGUCUCCUCUGCUGAAAAGACUGCCGGCUCCCAGGCCACAGUCAGCAGGCUCUGGCUCCUCUGGUGCCAUCAACUCCCCUCCCUGCCCCUCUCCACUGCAGCCCUUUCCUCCUUCUGUCCCCCUCCUUGUCCCCCAAGGCCUCACCUUGGCCCAACACUCCCUAUUAUUCCCCUCAUCCACUCGUGUCAGAAUUGGUUUUCCUCCCAUUUCACCUCUUUAACCAAUCCCUACCCCUGACAGACAGGAAUUUUUCCUUCCCUCAAUGAAUUUAGUCCCUACAAUAAAACCUGAUGCCAUGUUGCUGUGUGUGUUUCU